CUGUGAUAAUAUCCCCGUGCAGCGCCGAGAGAGGAGUCACAGCUGAGUCUGCGGCUGGCUUCCCUGUGCAGGCGCUGCCGCCGACCGCCCGGGGCUGCACACGCCAGCGCGCGGCGCUUCUGCGCUUCGGCUGGGGUCCUGCUGUCGCGGACUGUAGCGCCCCGAGAAAGAGGGACGGGGAGAGACAGAGAGAAGGGACCGAGGAGGAGGCUUCCAUCACGUCAUUGCAGGAUGCUCUGGAAGCUUUCCCUGUCCUUGUUCCUGGUGGCCGCGCUGGUAAAGGCGGUGGACGCCAGGAAGAACCGGCCGGCGGGAGCCAUCCCCUCGCCCUACAAGGACGGCAGCAGCAACAACUCGGAGCGAUGGCAGCACCAAAUCAAGGAGGUGCUGGCCUCCAGCCAGGAGGCCCUGGUGGUCACGGAGCGCAAGUACCUUAAGAGUGACUGGUGCAAGACGCAGCCGCUGCGGCAGACGGUGAGCGAGGAAGGCUGCCGCAGCCGCACGGUCCUCAACCGCUUCUGCUACGGCCAGUGCAACUCCUUCUACAUCCCGCGCCACGUGAGGAAAGAGGAGGAGUCCUUCCAGUCCUGCGCCUUCUGCAAGCCCCAGCGUGUCACCUCGGUCCUCGUGGAGCUCGAGUGCCCUGGGCUGGACCCUCCCUUCCGACUCAAAAAAAUCCAGAAGGUGAAGCAGUGCCGGUGCAUGUCCGUGAACCUGAGCGACUCAGACAAGCACUGA